CAGUUGGAUGGAGUGUUGUUUUACCACGGCGACGUUUCCUACCGAAGAGGCUCGACACCACUGGUGGGGUGGCUGAAGCCGUACAUGCUACCCGAGUGGUUUCCCUCCGUAAGUGUCCAUCCUGCCUACCUGAGCGAAAUGUCAUCUGACUACAAGGACUAUCUCAGCGACAUUCAGCGCUACAAGGAGGCCACUCGGAUGUACUCAGCCAGCUUUCGAAAUAGCAAAGACAAGAAACUUACCAAAACAGAAGACGUUGAAAUGACUUCAUACUCUUAA